CAAUAUGGAAGUCCACACGCAGCUUUCUCUCUUUACUGUUUUAAACCCCCAAAAGGUAGUAAUUUGUCGGCGAGUGCUUUCGGGUCCUCGUGCAGAGAACCAGCUGGUCUCCUGCUGUCCGCGUCCUAUAGAAGCAAAGAUACAUUUAAUCAAGAGGGUAAGUGAACUGGGCACGGCUAAACCGUCAUACCCGUGCACAUCACACACCGAGAAUUGCUAUAUAAGGAGAGAUCCCUCAACGCGGGUCGACCCACUGCCAUUUCUUCUCUUCUGCUUCCAACCCUUUUUGGCUUCUCUCGUGUUGUCCUUGUUUUCGCAUAAAUAUCAUGGGGGCUACUGCGAGCUCGGGCAUGUGGAAGACCGGCGAGUCGGCUCAAGAGCAGGGUCUUGGAUAUGUGCCGGACGCUUACCAAGUUCCGCUGAGGGAUCGCCCCAGCUUAUUUCCCGAUACGGUCACUGUGCCUCUCAUUGAUCUAGGUGGGCUGUGGAAGGAUGCCGUGCAACGGUCCUUGGUGAUCAAGGACAUUGGGAAUGCUUGCUGUCGCUUCGGCUUCUUCCAGAUUGUGAAUCAUGGAAUUUGCCAAACCGUGAUGGACGAAGCCCUUCAGGCGGCAUCCAGCUUUUUCGACUCACCAACCGAUGAGAAGAUGAAGUACAUGUCGAAUGACGUACACAAGCCGGUGAGAUACGCGACGAGUUUCAAGGACGGGGUAGACAAAACACAGUUCUGGAGGGUCUUCCUCAAGCAUUAUGCACAUCCACUGGAACACUGGAUGGGUCAAUGGCCGGAGAAUCCCCCUCGUUAUCGGGAGAAGAUGGGCAGAUUCUGCGCCCAAGCGAGGAAAGUGACGGUGGACCUGAUGGAGGCCAUCACUGAGGGCUUGGGACUAGGACCCUCGUAUCUGACCUCUAAAAUGGAAGCGGGGAUGCAAGUAAUGGCAGUUAACUGCUACCCGCGAUGCCCGAAUCCAGAGGUGGCGCUAGGACUACCGCCCCACUGUGACUACACUUGCUUGACCGUUGUUCUCCAGAGCUCCCCUGGACUUCAGAUCAUGGACCUCGAGGACUGCACCUGGAAGUCGGUCCCUAAAAUCCCUGGCGCCUUACAGGUCCAUGUGGGUGACCAUCUGGAGGUUCUGAGCAACGGCCUAUACAAAAGCGUCUGCCACAGAGCGGUCCUCAACUCUGAGAGGACCCGAUUUUCCAUUGCUAGCCUGCAUAGUCUCGGCCUGGACGAGACGAUGGAACCCGCCGAGGAACUCGUGGGUGCGCAAGGGAAAAAGUACCGGGGUAGUAGCUUCAGGGAUUUUCUGAACUUUCUAGCUGCCAAUGACCUUGGAAAGCGCAAGAGCUUCAUCGAUACUCUCAAGAUCAAUCAAUAGUUGCUACAUCCUCAACUUUGUUUUCUUUGCCCCAACCUCUGCAUCUGUAAUGCAUAUGAAUACGAAUUGCUGCCACUUCGCUUGUUACCUUGAUCUUUAAACCUUUAUUGUAUCCGAAUCGUAUGGAAUUUCAAUUUUUACGCUGAAAAAAGUCAUUAGUGAAUCAAAGAAUUAAGCCA